AUGCGAAUGUAUUUACAUGAAGAUUAUGAUAUUUUUCGAGUAAGAAAAGAAUUUUUAAAAGGAUUGUUGUUGGUAAAUUUAUUUUUUUAGGAAUAUGUUUUGACAUUGAUAACACCGGCAUUUGAUAGAAUUCAAAAUGAUGGAUUUGAUAAAAAAUAUGAUGAAAAUUAUGAUGAUUUGUGAGUUUGGAAGAGGGAGAAGUUUUAAUUCGAGUUGUGACGUGGAAAACAGAGAUUUUCGGAAUUUCAGAAAAAAACAUUUGUUGUACUUAAAAAAAUCAACAAAAAAGCUUGAAAUUCGGGUUGUAACAUUUUUUCUUGAAAAAUUUAGAACUCACAAAUUUGGAACAUUUUGGAAGAUAUUAUUUGGAAACAAACUUUUCUUUAUUUGAAAACUCACCACAUCAUAGCUCAUCUCAACAAUCAAAUUUUAAACUUCAAAUUUUUCAGCCGAUUUCGAGAACUUAUAAUUUAUCGAUCUUGUCAACUUGGCUAUGAACCUUGUCUCAGAAUGUCACGUGAAAAAUUCGACGAACUCCAGAAAAAUUGCUCAGAAACUGAUCAAAUUCUCAGUGACAUCGAUUGCAAUCAGUAAUUUAUUUACUUUUUAAUAUUGACAUUUUAGAUUUUUGUUUUUCAGAAUUCCAUUUUAUCUUCGACCAUUUGUAUAUACAACAAUAGUUCGUGAAGGAACCGACGAAGAUUUUGAAUUUUUAUUUGAAAAAUGGAAAAAUGAACAUUUGAUUGUUGAAAGAGAACGAAUAUUUGUAGCGAUGUGUGCAACUGAAGACACUAAAAAACAUCAGAGGUAUUUAUUUUUCGACAGAAAAAAAUUUGAAAAAUGAUUUUUUUCAGGAUUUGGCUAGAAGUGUUCUCAAAAAUCGACAGAGAAGAUGUUAAAACAAAAAUCUUUGCUUGUAGCAAACAUUUACAUACAAAAUGCAACGAUAUUGAUUUAUUUUUAGAACAUUCGGAAAAAAUCAAAAAAUCAAAGUUAGUUUCUGUACCGAAAUCGGAUAAUUUUUGAGCUUUGGAAAAAUUGUGAUAUGGAGAGAUUACUGUAGUCUGUUUCUAGAGCUAAAAACUAAAUAAACGUAUUUGUAACUUUGGUAAACUUCAAGAGAUGAUUACUCCAAAUAUCCUAGGGUUUACAAUUGCCCAAAAUAUAGUUAUGACGUGCCGAUUUUCUUCAAAAAAUGUUAUCUUUCAGAAUCACCUCACACAUUUAUUAUUUGUUUCAAACUUUGAUGGUCAGAUGUAUAAGUACGGACGAACAAAUCGAACAAGUGACACUUUUUUUUCUUUCUGAAUUCCUAUUUUUUCUAAAAAAAUUUCAAAUUUCAGAUCAAAAAAUUGAAGGAGAUCUAUAAAGAAGAUAACCAGUUUCAAGAGGUUCCUAUUUUUAUGAGUAAAAAAAAAGGAAAUGAAAUGUGGCGAAGACAUGUUGGACCAAUUAUAAUUCACUACUCAAAUUAUACAAUGCAUAAAAUUCGACAACAAAAUAUGGGUUAA